AUCCCCCAUAUAUCUCCGGCGCACGUGAGCUCUGGGCGGCAUCUUCGCCGCUCACAACCAGUUGCACACACAGCUUCACUUUUAAUUGAGCAGGUGUCAGACUUGAAUGCUAGCGCAUAGUCCAUGAAACAGCUGUAAGUGUGCGAGAGUGUGGCCGAGCAAUGAGAGAUUGAACAUAGGAGGGCAAUGGAGGAAGAACUAAAGAGAGAGCGUGAAUCUGUGGAGAGAACCACAUGAUCCAGAGGCAGUUGAGUUGGGAUUACCACAGUACUGUCAUGGCGAUUGGUAACCGAUCACUGGAUUUACGUACAGCUUUCAGAACUAACUAAUAAUAGCAUAGGUCCAUUUCAGCCCCAUCUGCUUCUAUUCCAAGUGGGGGAUUUUCCGAACUGUAUACAGCCAUUGCCACGUGUUCUUUCCCGCUGCUUGUCGCAUCGAAGAAGAACGAAAAGGGUCCAACAGCAAGUAGCAAAAAAAAUGGCAACUUAUCCAGCGUGUGCGCAGCGUGCAACCCGUUUCUAGGUCAACCAGCACCGUAUAUAACAGGUUAUUCGCACUGUUGCCAACAGCGGCGUUUCCCGGUGGGGGAGACUGAAUGCCGGUGAUAAUGAAGUCACCGAAUGAGGAAUCUCGGUUCUCCAAAGACCGAUAGAGUUGAGUGUGGUUAAAGCUGUGGGAUUUAGUUGUUAAGGUAAGGGCCACGGUUACGAGUGGAUCCAGCAGUGUCCAGUAGUUGACGGUAAUUGUUCGUCGUUUGAGUGGGGUAGUUUUUAUAAACCCUAACGACUUAGUAUUAAAUAUUGGCUAAAUUGCAGUGAGUGUUGCAUCACCAGAUUGCAUUACCCGGUUCGAUUAUCGUACGAUGCGUUAGUGUUGCCUCUAGCCGUCUAGGCGAGAGUCUGUGCAAAUCCGGUCUCUUCCCUCUCCUCACGCACGUUCACUGGGCAGUACAAUCCAACCCACCGUUAAACUAUUAAUAAUUUCCUAUAGCGCAAGAUUUUGUGUUAAGAAUGAGAAAAAGAACACGACAGCCGACAACACAUCAACAAAACAGCAAGUUGUGCUAAAAAUACAAAGAAUUCUAACGUUCAUGCUGUUUGCUUACUAUACCCUGUGUCGCGGGUAGUGUCGACACACGUCAGCAGGUUAAUGGACUACCCCGGCUAGUAGCGAAAUACGGUGGUCGCAUACUUUACAGCCAACUUGAACCACUUCUUCUUACGCGCCGUGUAAACAAAGCUCGGAUUCUUGGGCGUGUGUAUGUGUUUGUGACGUUACUGGUAAUGACAUUUAAAAUCGCAAGGAACUUGAAACAAUCUAGUGCGCGUUGCGAUAUUGGAAAGCAGCAAGAAAACAAUUAAUAAGAGCAGUGUAAAAAUGAGUGCUAUACCGAGCAGUAUAGCACUCAAUCGUAUCUGUAGCUUAAAGUGGUUCUGGUUUUUUUUUUCCUAAUAUGGUUUUUUUUCUGUUGUCUUGGGUACUCAAAACAAAUAAAAAAAUUAUCCCAGAUUAGCUGAGCGAUCAACUAGCAAAGUGCAAUUUUGUUCCCAAUCGGACUCAUAAGUGUCAAGACUUUCGUCAAGACUGUCUUUUCGAAGGUGUUACCUAGGUCCCGUACUCUGUGUUUCAAAGCGCUAUUAUGUGAGAUCAUCGUACACCUCGUACGGCUCGUCCUUGUAGCGACCAUUGUCCUCCCACACAUAAGGGGCAAAAAAAUCCUUCCAAGCAUCUUUCUCUCGAACGCUGUUAAAAGGAUUUCAUCAGUUUCGGACAGUAUAAAUGUUCUGUACAGUGCCAGCUUCGUCCGUCGCGACAGGUAUUUUGAGUAGAGAUCCUUUUGUAAGCUUUUGCUACAUAGGAGUGCCUCACAUCAAUGAUGUCACCAGCAUAUGUCAGGAUCUGGAUUAUUAUGGACGUAUAGAUGAUGGUCCCCGAAGUUUCCGCCUCCGAGUCACGGAUGGCUCUCUCUAGUGCCAGAUUGAAAAGGAGACAGGCAAAUCUUGUAGGCGGUAUUUAACACCGUCAUACCCCUGUAUAUGCUGCACUCUAGCCUAUCUUCCUUCUUGUACAUGGGAUAGAUGAUACCACGAUUCCAAUCACAAGGCAUGGGAUUCACUAUCCCAUAAUAAUAAUAAUUAUGGGAUAAUAGUAAUAAUCAAAUAGUAAUAAUUUUAUGAAUUUCCUGGUCGAGUCCUACAACACCGAUAUUGAUCAGUUCGGUUACUAUUCCGUCGGAUUCUAACAGAUACUUCCAGAAUAAAUAUCUUCACCAUGUGGAAGUUUUGACGUUUCGACUAACCAAGUUUGACAUCACUGGAUUUGUUUUUGAAAAAAAAACCAGCCAGAACAAAACGUAAACACCCACUGCUCGUAACACUUGCUACCAGCUGGGACUUGUGUUGGAUGUAAUAGUGGUCGGUUUGCUGUAGCGGUUCGAACGUACUACGCGUUGCACACGUGCUCGCUAGUAUUUGGAGGGAGAUCUGAUAUUCAGGUAGAGUAGUGGGAUGUUCGCCUCUGUACCCUUGAAUAUUUUUCAUUUGAGUGUGGAGAGAGAGAGAGAGAGAGAGAGAGAGAGAGAGAGAGAGAGAGAGAGCCCCAGAGAGAACUACCAGGUGCGGUUUUUAAGACUGCCCGUUCUGUAUGUGUCAUCCUGUUUGCAAAAGAAUGGAGCCAAAAUUCUCGCACUCAGCAUCGCCAUUACGAUCAAAGUUGUCAAACGGGCCAAUGUGUACAACAAUGCAGCUUCCCAGGCGGGCGCGACGGACCUCGCCGUUGCGUUUCGUUCAUAACACAUUUCACCUUCGAUCGCGACGGGGUCCGCGCUGCUGUUGGCGGGGUUGGAUGGUUAUCGUUUAUUUUGAACGCGUGCGUCUGUGCAUAUAAAUGUGUGUGUGGUUGAGUGACUAUUUUUUUUUCUUCGCAAAAACGUUCUUCGAACCACCGGGAAGCAACAGAAUCACAAAUCUUGCGCGUUGUGAAUGAAGUUUUGUGCGUCUUUUUCUGUGUAUGUGUGUGUGUGUGGUGUGUGUGUUGUUUGUUAUUUUGCGCGCGCCUCUGACUUUGACUUCCCUAACGGCCCGAACCCGAAUCCGGUCACUGUUGUGUAGCUGCUGGCCGAAGUAGGUCGUGUUUCGUGUGCGGUGUACGUGUGUGUGUCUGUGAUUUCCAUCAAACAUUCCCGCAAAAAAAAAAGUGUGAUCUUCAAUCAAAUUUCGCCAAUACAGUAGUCAUCGCUUUCGCCAAUUCUACCAUCCGCCGCCGGCUCAUAAAGACACGUGCGCACAGUUGCUGCCACUACUCCCGGGCUGUGCUACCGAUAACCCAUUAGCCGAGAAAACGUCCCCAAUAAAGCGUGGACGAUGCCGGUGGCAAUUUCCGUUGAGGAUUACUGUGGUCCACCGGGUGUGUACCGCGCACGCCAACUUGACAUCGUCAACCAUUUCCCACCGUACAAUGGAAACGCGGUGGCGGAAAACGGUGGUCAGAAACACGCUUCGGGACAACCGGAACCAUCAGUGGAACUGCAGCAUAUGGCGGCGGACAUGCGAUAUCACGUACGCCACCAUCAUCACCGUGAACGGCCCGGCCAUGACUAUGCGGAGGACGUGAUCACGACGCAGGGCGUCCAGCCGCACCACAAGACCAGCUACGCCGAAACGAUGAUGCACCUGUUCAAGGGAAACAUCGGUACCGGUUGCUACGCGAUGGGCGAUGCGUUCAAGAACGGUGGACUGGUGCUGGCCACCGUACUGACCCUGUUCAUCGGGUUCGUCUGCGUGCACUGCCAGCAUGUGCUGUUGAACUGUGCCGAGCAGAUGCAGGCCCGAAAACGGGAAGAGGACGCAAAGGAGCAAACGCACGGGACGAUCGCCACGGUGGAAGCGAACAAUGGCAAACCGUUGGAGGUGAAGCCUACGUCCAAGGUACCGCCGGUGUCGGAACCGCUCGACUUUGCCGAUACGGUAGCACUCUGCUUCGCGUACGGUCCACCAUCCGUCCGACCGUGGGCAACGGCGAUGAAGAACGCGGUUAACAUCUUUAUCUGCGUGACACAGCUCGGCUUCUGCUGCAUCUACUUCGUAUUCAUCAGCUCGAACUUCAAGCAGAUCGCCGACCGGUACGGGAUCGAGCUGGACGUGCACGUCCACAUGGCGCUGCUCGUGGUACCGAUCGUGCUGACCUCAAUCAUCACCAAGCUGAAGUUCCUGUCGUACUGUUCGCUCGCCGCCAACGUCUUCAUGACGCUCGGCAUCGGCAUCACGUUCUACUACGCCUCCCAAGAGCUUCCCUCACUCGCGGAACGCAACCUCAUCGGACGACUCGACCAGCUGCCCCUGUUCUACGGUACCGCCAUCUUCGCCUUCGAAGGGAUUGCGCUUGUGCUGCCACUGCAGAACGAGAUGAAACAUCCGGCCGACUUUGGCAAACCGUGCGGUGUGCUGAACAUCGGCAGCUCCUUCAUCAUUUUGCUGUUCACCACGUUCGGAUUCUUCGGCUACUGGCAGUGGGGUGAAGCUGUCCAGGGCAGUCUCACCCUGAACCUGCCAGAUAAUGAGAUACUGGCGGAGAGUGUGAAGAUCAUGAUUGCUACUGGCGUUCUGCUCGGUUAUGCGCUGCAGUUCUUCGUCGCGAUCAUGAUCAUGUGGCCGAUGGUGGAAAGUCGUGUUGAGCUCGCUAGUCGACAUCCCGUACGCUGUGAGAUGGUGUUCCGUGUCAUUAUGGUGCUGGUAACUUUCCUGAUUGCGGAGUGUGUCCCAAACCUUGGUGCCUUCAUCUCCCUUAUCGGUGCCUUCUGCUCGUCCUCGCUGGCUCUCAUGUUUCCGCCCCUGAUCGAGCUGAUCGUUGCCUGGACGAAUGGGAAGUUGACCGUGUGGUUGGUGCUGAAAAAUGUCGUCAUUCUGCUGUUGGCUUUGCUCGGCUUUGCUACCGGAACGUACGAAAGCAUGUCUGCGCUUGCCAAAGAUUUUUAAACUCGUCGCACCGAGAGGGAGAGAGAAAGAGAGAGGCGCAGAGGUGCUCGAAAGCUUCAUCGAACGAGUGGGUGAUUGAAAGUUACCUUAGCUAAAACUGAAUCGUUGGUAGGAAUAAGCUACUCUACAUCGUUUUACAUUUUCAUUUGUUUUGUACGUUACUUGAGUAUGUGACAGAGUGUGUGUAUGUGUGUGUGCUGUGCUGCUUGUACCGGUUGUGCUGCAACAGAUACCCAAAUGUAUCUCGCUAGGAAGUAACAAACACCGUCCAUCGAUACUACUUAUCGAUAUACUAGCAUUGGCAGGGAAACAAGUUCUUAUGACGUUAUGGUUGUGUCCCACUAUUGGGCCAUUUUCAUGUCCAGUGAAGGAAGUAGAAGCAGAUGAAAAGACACACAAGACAGUACGGUUACACCUCGAAAAGUCGAAUAUUUGCAUCAUUCGCCCUGUAUGAUAAGUAUACUCUAUACAACGUUAGGUUUAAAUGCAAUAAGUUAUCCCAAAUACUGAGUAGCCUAUAA